GCGGCCUCCGAGCGACUUCAGCCUGAGGCGGCCGCGGCGCACAAAAGGCCCCGCGUCUUUCGUGCCGCCUCUUUUCUUUAGCGGCGGCGGCGGCCUCUGCAGGCCACGUCAUGGGGAAAUAAAUAAAUAUCGCCCCAUUCAGCCAGUGGCAGCGAGCAGGAACCGGCGGCGGCGGCGGCUGGAAGAUUAGGACCAGCCCACCCAAACUAGACACACACACAGAGGGAGACCAAGCCAGCCUGGUUGUAAAGAUUAAAAAAUGCCGCCCGCAACAACGACACAGUACGCUCCCCCGGACGGUGGAUGGGGUUGGGUCGUGGUGUUUGGCAGUUUCAUCUCCAUUGGAUUUUCCUAUGCAUUCCCUAAAGCCAUCACAGUCUUCUUCAAGGAGAUACAGGAGAUCUUCGGCACAUCAUAUAGCCAGAUAGCUUGGAUAUCAUCGAUCAUGUUGGCUGUCAUGUAUGCAGGAGGCCCCAUAAGCAGCAUCUUGGUGAACAAAUAUGGCAGCCGGCCAGUCAUGAUGGCGGGAGGGGUCCUGGCUUCAUUUGGAAUGAUUAGCUCUUCAUUCUGCAACAGUGUCCUAGAGCUUUAUAUCUGCAUAGGUGUCAUUGGAGGUUUGGGCUUGGCAUUCAACUUGCAGCCAGCUUUGACAAUGAUUGGCAAGUAUUUUUACAAAAAACGGCCCAUUGCUAACGGACUGGCCAUGGCCGGGAGUCCAGUGUUUCUAAGUACUCUGGCACCUCUCAAUCAGUUUCUCUUCAAUGCUUUUGGCUGGAAGGGAAGCUUCCUCAUUUUGGGAGGGCUCCUUUUGAACUGUUGCGUGGCCGGGUCUCUUAUGAGGCCCGUGGGACCCACACCAGCACCUGCGGUCAAAAAAGACGUAGAAAAGGGGAAAGGAGAUUCGGCCUUGCACAAGAACGACAAGAAAUCCUUUUGGCAAACCAUCAACACAUACUUAGAUCUCUCCCUCUUCAAACACAGAGGGUUUCUGAUUUAUCUCUCUGGAAACGUCAUCAUGUUCCUUGGAUUUUUUGCCCCCAUUGUAUUCUUAGCUCCUUAUGCCAAGCACAAGGGGAUCGAUGAAUAUUCUGCUGCAUUUCUCCUCUCCAUCCUGGCUUUUGUUGAUAUGUUUGCCAGGCCGUCCAUGGGCUUGCUCGCAAACUCCAAAUACAUACGGCCCAAAAUCCAGUACUUCUUUAGUUUUGCCGUUUUGUACAAUGGCAUCUGCCACAUCAUGUGCCCUCUGGCCGAAGACUACACAGGCUUGGUUGUGUACGCAGUACUUUUUGGACUUGCCUUCGGCAUGGUGAGCAGUGUCCUUUUUGAGACCCUCAUGGAUUUGGUUGGCGCUAGCAGGUUUUCCAGCGCUGUUGGACUCGUCACCAUUGUGGAGUGCUGCCCUGUUCUUUUAGGCCCUCCUUUGGGAGGUAUGCUUGUGGACAUAACGAAAGAUUACAAAUAUAUGUAUUUUGUCUGCGGUGUCAUUGUCAUCGUUGCAAGCAUCUGGCUAUUUAUUGGGAACGCGAUCAACUACAGACUUUUGGCAAAGGAGAAGAGAGCAGAAGAGGAGAGGCAGAGAGCCCUCAAGCAUGCAGAUUCCAAGGAAGUGGAGCCCUUGACCCACAAAGAGAGCGAAGAGACGGUCAGCAGAUCGAGCAAACUGCAAGACAACCCAUCAGAAAGAGAAACUAAUAUUUAAUGCGCGCACACACAC